AUGGACGGAUAUUCAUGGAGAAGUCAAGCCAGAGAUUCAAGCCAGGCUCGUGACAAUUCCAGAGAUAGAGGAAGAAGAGGACGAAAUUACAAUUUCGGAAGAGAUUAUGGAAAUAACCGAAGAGGCCUUGAUGAAUACCCGAACGACGGUCCAAUUUAUCAGGAUUCAAAUGAUGGAACAAGAUGGAGACAAUAUAAUGAACACAAUUCCGAAAGAGGACAUGGAAAUCACAUUAACAUCAGAGGUCGUGACAACUUUCACAAUGCUGGUUCAAAUCAUCAAAAUUUAAAUGAUGGAAGAAGAUGGAGACAAUAUAAUGAAUACAAUUCCGGAAGAGGAAAUGGAAAUCACAUCAAUAGAGGUCGUGCCAACUCUCACAAUGAUGGUAGGAGUAACGACAGCAGUGGCGAAUUCGUAGUAAAAAUGAUGGCAUUCAAACAAGCAGAAAUACUGUGCAAAAAUGAUGACGUAGAAGAAGUUGUACAAAGAGUCUUCAAUGACAGAUCCGGUUUCAAAUUGGUACUUCAAGAGAAGGGACUCAGUGGCGAUUGGAUAUGCCUUAUUGUCCACAUCUUGAGUAAAGUAUCUCGCAGCAGCUUCCAAACUACCAAACUGAAGAUUUACAAGGACGCCUUCGCUGAUAGCUCGUUUGCUAAGCAACUGAAGUCGUUCAUUGCCGAUUUACGGUUACAGGAUGAUGAGGAAAAGAGCAGAAACAGCUUCUUCUGGAGAGACAGUGACAAGUUCUGGAAUGAAAUCAUUGCAAUCUUCAAGGACAUUACUACUUUCCCGACUCUCGCUGGCGAGACAUUACCUACUCUCAUCAAGGCCAUAGUGAAAAAUCUCCCGGACUUGGAGGAAGAUCAAAAUAUGCAUAUAUCUGAAGGUAUCAAAGAAGAAUUCUUGGUUUUAAAGACUAAAGUGGAAGACAUGAAGCAACAUAUGAAGGAUCGUUAUCACUCAAAGCAGACGACGACUCAUUCUAAUGACAAUAGAGAAAAUGAAGAUGAUUGGAUACCACCGGAAGACUUCAGGACUAUAAGUGUGCUGCCCAAUGUCCAAGAAGUGACGUACAAGGAAACACCGUUUUUGCGCUGUAAUAAGCUGAAAGGGAGUUACAAGUCCAUCGAUCACUACUUGGACGUGCAAUUCAGGCUUCUCCGCGAGGAUUUCGUCAAACCAUUGAGAGACGGCAUUUGCCAGUAUCUGGAUAACCCCACGCAGAAACGCUAUGAUAACAUCAAAAUCCACCCGAAGGUGCACUUCCUCUCCGAAGAGAACAUCAACGAGCUGAAAUGCUUCCGCAUCAAAUUCGAUUUCUCGACGAAAAAGAGGGCGCUGAAGUUCGAGAACUCCAAGCAGUUUAUGUUCGGGUCGCUGGUUUGCUUUACCAGGGACCAAUUCGCGAAUUUGCUGUUCGCCAAAAUUGUGAACAGGGACGCUGAGAUGAUCAAGAAUGGGGAACUCGUUAUCGGUUUCGAUGACAACAACAUCGAUAUGGACGUUAGU